AUGAUCAGCAGCUCCUCCUCCUCUACCUCCUGUCAAGGUGCCCGCAGAACCGUCUACGGAGCCCCAACUAAAUGCUGGUGUGGGCAAGGCCUCGAUACCUGGGCCUCAGAGACAAAGGAGAAUCCAUACCGCAGAUUCUACAGAUGCAAAAUUGCUUUACAGAAAACAGAGAGCCAUCUAUUUAAAUGGAUAGACGAAGCACUGCUUGAUGAGAUAAGGAUGGUAGAUGCCAGGCGUUUGGAUCUACUCCACGAGUUGCAAGCACUUACGGAAAAUACGAAAGUCCAGCUUGAGGAUCUGCGAUCUUGGAUUGUGGGCCGUGACGAAGAGUUGCGAGACCAAAUCAACCACAAUAUGAUGCAGCUGACUAAGGCAAUUGAUGAGUCAACAAGGCAGAUGAAAGAGUAA